AUGUCAUCCAAAUGGACUAGUCAUGCCAAUGAAGCGACGUGCUUGUACCUGGCUGGUGCACCGUCACGAUGUGAUCGUGUAUUCCACCCCGCAUUCACCUAUCCCAUCUUUGGCGACGCGGAGACGAUUUAUGGCUACGAACGCCUUCACAUCCAGCUCUCCUUUGCAUCCGGAAGUUUGCGUCCCAGCUUGAACAUCGAGUACCGCGCUAAAAACACCAUGACAACAGCCAAGGUUGACGAUGUUGAUAAACAGCUGCGCGAAUUUCUUCCAGAAGCAGAUCUCGUGUCGCCCGACGCGUUUCCUCAACUGGUACAAGCCGACGCCGCGUCAUUCCAACCCCCAGGCACCCAAAUUACCUCAUAUACCCAGCGCGCCAAAGGACAGGCAUCAGAUCGUACAUUUUGUAUUUUCCACUCUACUUGGGACACGCCCGGUUUUCGUGCAUGGCUCAAGCGUGCACAGAUUUUUACCUUGUUUUUUAUCGAGGGUGCCUCUUACCUGGAAGAGGAGGAAAAGAAUUGGGAGUUUUUUACAAUCUUCGAGCGUGCACACGCACCUUCGACUCAGCAACAAAGUGAUCAACAUCAUGCCACCUGGCAUUUUGUUGGUUAUACGGCUCUGUACCGCUUCUGGUGUUGGCCCGACAAGACUCGCUGGCGUUUGAGCCAGUUUCUCAUUCUCCCUCCAUACCAAGGACAGCGCCAUGGUACACAUCUGUAUGAUACAGUGUACGCGCAUGCAUUGUCUGAUCCAGCCAUAUGUGAGCUGACGGUCGAAGACCCCUCAGAAGCAUUCGACAAGCUCCGUGACACCUGUGACUUGACGUAUCUGAAUCAGCAAAACGAUGUCGUUCAUCAUAUAGCCGCACCAAUGGAUCGUGCAUGGCGAUCUAACGCUCGAUUGCGCUAUAAACUUGCGCCUCGUCAAUGGGCUCGUUUACUGGACAUGCUGGGGCUCUUGCACCUAGAUCCUGGCGCUUCUCCCGACCAGUUUCGCGCAUUUCGCUUACAGGUCAAGGCACGAAUCUAUCAACAGAACCGUGAAGUCCUUGACAUGCUUCCUCAUGAACAACGGGUCGAGAAGCUCCAUGAGACAUUUGAGGCUGUGCUGGAUGAGUAUGCCGACAUUACGGGUGUCGAAGUACCAGAAGCCUUGCUUGAAAUGUCGCCUAGCCCUCAACCCAAACGAAUCCCAAGUUCGCUCAACGAUGACGACCACAGCGAGGGAUCGUCUGUGCCGCGCAAAACGCCUCGCCUCGUAUAA